UUUUUUUUUUUUUAACAAUGCGAUAGUACGUCUUUUCAGUGGCGGAAACGAGCUUCUUUAAUCUAGCGUUCAGCCUUCGAUGCAAUGGAGUGCUCCAUCUUUCUGCACAUAUCAUCUUUGGUCGGCUCCCGCCCCUGACGUUUCCCUCGGCCGCUGGGCUGUGCCUGCCUCCCCGUGUGCGAGUCGAACAUAAUACGUCCCACGAAGAAGAAGCUCUCCGGUCAGCUGGCGUCGUAAAAGCGAAAUCGUUGUAGUAGAAUUAAAUUAAACAUGUCGAUUGUGUUUGUACCAAAGAAACUCAGAGGAAAAGCUACAGUCAACCAAGAGACGAUACAGAGGUUACUGGAUGAAAACGAUCAACUGAUCAGAUGCAUUACAGAGUACAUGCAGAAAGGACGCGCGGUCGAGUGUGUGCAAUACCAACAGAUUCUGCAUCGCAACAUUGUCUACCUGGCAACCAUAGCUGAUGCAAGUCCCGACAGUGCAGCUUCCACAUCAAAUUGCACAUCUAAUGACACAUCAGCUUCAGCAGCAGCUGUGAAUGGGCACACAGAGGGCAGCUGAUUGCAGUUUCUGUGACAGCUGCAUUCUUCCUCAGAAGCAUGUGAUUGUGGUCAUUUGACAGCAUAAUUGCACAGAAACUGCCAAGGUGGAGUUCACAAAACUUGGAGAUAUGGACAAUGAAAGCAAAGGAUCCACCUCCUGUUAUUUGUCAGGAAAAAGGUCUCUAGCCUUGGCAGAAAAUGCCCUCUCAAAGCACCCUGCCAGUCGAGAAUGAUCUCACAACAAAAAAACUGUUUUCAGUGACGUAAACCAUUUCAGGGUCGAGCUGGAUAUCUGCGGACAAAAUUGGAAACAAAAUAAAAUUUUAUUUGCACUA